GUUCUGUGUGUGGUGGCGCUCGGUAGUAGAUCACAGCACGGUAGUCACACUCUUGAGCUGGUUUGAUUAAGUUUCGAUUUGCUAUCGGUAAUCGCGUACGUUCCUAUUCAUGACUGGUUGAAGUUGGUCAUUUGAAAUCGUCCGUUCUAGUUGUUAGAUCUAGUGCGUUCUUGUGCAGUACCGGACUCCGGGUAUUCGGGAAAAUAUGUAUACAGUGUCGAAAGGGCCCAGCAAGCUGGUCGCGAAAACGCGAAGAGGUAUUCCACAGAACUAUGAAAAGUUCGAACUGAUGCGUGAUCUGGGUAAGAAGAGCAGCAACGGUGACUGUGAUAGCAGAGACAAGAGCACACCCCGGCCGGUGUUUCAGACGACGAAAAAGCACUCGGCGCAGUACUUGCGAGCGCAGCAACGGCAAUCAGAGCCAGAGCAUCUCAGCCCCCAGCACGAAGAGCUGAUAAAAUAUAUCAAUGACUCGUGGAAUAUGGCGGUAGCGCCCAAUCCCUACGAUGUCCCAGGAUCACCUGACAGUAUGAGUUCCAACACCUCCCUCUCAUCCUCCUGCAGUACCAGCUCGGUGUCCUCGAGCGGUUCCAACAGCAGCACCACCACCCUGUACUAUAACGACCCGCCCAGUCCGGUGCUGGUCGACUUCAAACCGUUCGAUCUGGAAUCCUGGUGGGGGAGGAGAAUAUUCAACAAUAUCACCAAAAAUCUGUGAAAGUCUGAGUCGCAAUAAAUAGGUAGAAACAAGAGACAACACAACAAAUCGCAUAAGAAACCCACACAGUUUUACACAGAACAAAUAAAAUUAUACUUAAAUCUAUCGUACAAGCUAAUCAACUAUAGGAAACACUAUGAAAAUCUGUGAAAGCAAAUCAUUCGGCCAUAUUAGCGGUACCUCCCGGGAAUGCGAAAGAGGAGCACAAUUGGCGCAAUUCUAUAAUGGUGCAUAUUAUCAGUUCAGAAUCAGUAUGUUAGGGCAGCACAUAGGUAGCAGGAUUAGCUUAUAUGAAGCAUUAGGAAGACAUCGAGGCAGGAGGACAAGUAAAGAGGUGCGCGUGAAUUGACUUUGGGGCGUGUUUCUGUGAUCAGCUUAAGCGAGCAUUUAGGAGUGUCAGCACGAUUGGAAAAGCGCAUUGGGCAAGUGCUGGUUUAAAUCCUUAUAAUUUUUUGUUACUACCUAAACACCAAAUCGGUUCCUAAUUCUUUUGCCAAAAGUAAAUCAUUUUAGAGCGGUACCUUUGAAUCCAUGUGUCAUUGCUAUGUGGAUUACGGCCUAAAAUUUUACGCUUACUUUAUAUUUUACCUUUUUUUAAGUAGGGGGAAAUGCUAGUUCAUAAUUUGAAUGAUUCUCCACGGAUUAGUCAUAUGUAUCUCAAAUUGGAUUAGGAGAAAAAGUACAAACCAUGAACGGCGGGGUGUGCAGCGAAUAUUGUUUUGGAGCUUCGGCAUGGUAGGGGUUGUUAGAAUGAUCCAAUGUUGGAAAGAGAAGGAGACAGACGGAAUUGCUUUGAUCAUGUGCUGAACUAGUAGAAUGCAUGGAAGCGAUAGCAGCUGUUUUCGAUAAGUGAUUAUACUGAAAUAGUUUUAGCAAUUAGAUAUGUUAUGGAACUGAAAUAUGAAAUUGAUGAAGUCUAGUAAAACAUGUUUGAUAUAAAACACCGUUGA